UGAUCUUGGCUCGCAACUCGAACCUGUUGGAACUCAACGUCUUGGGACCACUUGUAGUACCGAAAAGCUGACUUAAGAGAGCAGCUGCCUAAGAGAACUCGAAUCCAAAGUGAGUGCGGUUGGGGUCUUCCGACAUUGAAUGUCUCUUGCCCAAGUCAGUUCGAUCUGAGACGCGCGAUGGAGCAGUCGAGCUGCCCCAGCGAAUGAGCGUGUGUGUGUGUGCCUGUGUACCGCCCCCUACCCGUCGAAAUAAAGAUACAAAAUAUAUCUGGAGAAAAUAAUAUCUGAAAAUACACAAGUGUAUCUGCAUGUGCAGCCGUGUCUGUGAGACGAGUGUGUUUUUUAUUUGCCGCAAUUAGAAGUAACGGAACGGUGCGAAGGUGAUUUGCACGGGAGAAACUGGAAAAUAAGAAAAAAUCAGAAAAUCGGAAAAUCGAAAAAUCGUCGAAGCGCGAGAUACUUGUAUCUGCAAUUAGUGAGUCUUCGUUUUGUUUUCGUUUCGCAACAACAAGUGAAGAGCCAUUACUUUAAUUCAAUCAGCGAUCGAGCGUUUGUGUGUGGCCCACAAUUUCCAUUCUAGGCCCAAAUAAAAGUAAUAAAAUCCACAAUUUCUGAGAUAAAAGUUCGCGAGCCGGUUUAGUCAUACGAAAGUUCCGAGAACUGAGCGCAACUUAGAGAUACAUUCGCGUAUUCUCGUUCGCAAUCGUUGUUGUCCAACAGCUGUUACCGCUGGCCAGAAUGCCUCCGUACCUGCUGGAUAUUUGCUUUACCCUGGAGCUUCGCAGACCGCGAUAAGAUAUCGCCGACUAGUGGUAGUGAAUAAAGCAGAUAGUCGUACCUGCGAAAAAUACACGACAAACAAACGGAAAAGAAAUCGCACAGUUCGGUGUCUAAAGUUAAAUCGUUCGCUUAUCUUAUCGGCUGGUCAUUGAUUGAGCUUUGCCUUUCCGCUCCGCGUCGGGUGAAGUCAUUGGGCCCCAAUUCGCCCGUUUUAGAUACUUUAUCUAAUGCAGCAGCCAAGGCAGUCGCGAUAAACGCCGCUAAUAGCAACCUCCUUCAGUGUCAGUUGCCUUGCAAUCGUUGUCUCAAUUGAGAGGAAACCAGGAAAGCGAGCCCAGUCCAGGCCAAGCCAAAACAAGACGCACUCGUAAAUCAGGCAGCCCAACCGGAGAAGACCAAUAUGGACAUAGAAUCCGAUUCGGACACCUCGGAGAGAUGGGAGGACUUUUUUGGCAGCACCACAGAGCUGGCACCUUCGCUGCUGGGUAUCUACGACACAUUGACGAAUAGCUUGGCCGCGGGGGGCGUGGCAGCGGCUCCCAGUGCGACAUCUCGCGAAUCGCAGGCUUCCAGCAGCGGCGACUCGACGCCCAAAAGGAGCAACAGCAACUGUAGCAGCAGCAGCAACAGCAGCUGCUCAAGUGUCCCCACCAGCGAUGACCAGUCGGCCAGCUACACGCUAGCCAAGUCCAGUUCGCAGUCGGGCGGCCACCAGGAGCCACACCAGGUGCCACUGGUGGUUGCGGGUCUGCGGGACGAGCCGGAUGGCGCUCAGUUAAGCCGCCUGGUGGUGCAGCGGCGCCAGGAGUCGCAAAUCCACGGCAGCAGCAGCAGCCUCGCCUCGAGUGGCAGCAGUCGCCGGGGCAGCAACAUCCGCAUCCUCUCGCCGAAUGUCCAUCGGAUAAUCACGCACUCGGACAUCCAGCCGGUGGAGGCGGUCUCAGCGGAGGCCCUGAAGCACCAGCACCAACAGCAAUCCCAGCGGAGUCCCACCCACGGAAGGUACAUCAAGACUGGCUCCUCUCCUGUGGGUGCGGCAUCCACGCCUAAACUCAAACUCUCGCACAUACCGCUGUCCAAGAUCACCGGCAAGUUGUCCACGCAAUCGGGCAGCGAGCUGGUGUCCACCUUCGAUUCCAGCAACGAGUAUCUGCACUCACUGGCCUUCGCGGCCUCCGAGAAGUCGAGAUCCCAGGACGAGGAUCGCACGCCAACUAACAAAUCGGUGCCAGGCACUCCCUUUCACUUCGAUGGGCAUCCGUUUCAGGGGCGGAAACUAACCCUGCCCCGUUACGAUUCCCAGCAGAGCAUCAAGCUGAUCGAGAUGGAGCAGCUGGCGGCCACCAGUGCUCAGCUGCAGCACGCCCAGCCGGCCACGCCCUGUACUCCGGCCCACACGCCCACUGCCACUGCCAAUCCAGCACCCAAGCCGAAGGAGUUUGUGUGCAGCGAGCCACUGAGUCCAGUGGACAUAGUGGAUACCAUCAACUUCGGCCUGGUCGCCCAGCACAUGGAGCGACUGACUCUGGCGGAUCCGGGGUCGCUGGAUCCCCGGGCGGAGCUCAUCGAGGCGGUGAACAAGACGCUAAUCAGCAAGCCACUGGUCAGGAGCUCCUCCGCCGCCUGUGCCUCCACCAUCUGCAGUUCGCCCCUGCUGACCUAUGCGCGCACCAAGAGCCUGGGCGCCAAGGCCAGCACGCUGGGCGCCAUGGUGCUCCAGGGCAAGCUGCCCACGGCCGAGCAGCUGGCCGAACUGGAGGAGGCCAACAAGCUGUCGGCGGAGAGUCUGGACAGGUUGACGGACAUCAAGCCCAAGUUCGCGGCCCGCUUGAGUGAGCUGGCCAGGCUGAACAACCGGCCGUUGUCCUCCUCUUCCAUCUGCUCCACCUCAUCCAGCUCGAGCUCCGGAUCUGACCAGCUGCUCAAUGGCAAGCUGACCGCCACCUCGUAUCUGGCCAGCGUGGAGAGUCUGGCGGAGAGCGAGAACGAGCUGGGCGAUCCGCACCAUCCGCCGGCGAUGAGUGUGCUGGAGAAAACCUGCCUGGAGAUCGUGGACUCGGAGCGGAGCUUCGUCGAGGAUCUGGGCCAGGUGAUCAAGGGGUACCUGCUCGACUGGAAGGAGCGCGCCUGUCUGCGCGUGGACGAAUUGCAAAUACUCUUUGCCAACAUUGAAGAGAUUUACGAAUUCAACUCGAUGCUGCUGCAGCGACUCAUCAACACGGGAAGGGAUCCCGGGAGGAUCGCCAGGUGCUUCAUCGACCUGCGCGACGGCUUUGAUGUGUACACAACCUACUGCACAAGCUACCCGGAAGCCAUCUCGCUGCUGACCAAGUUGCUGCAGGCCACGCACACGUACUCCCUGCUCGCCUCCACGCAGAAGCUCCUCCAGCACCGCCUGCCGCUGGGCUCCUACCUCCUGAAGCCGGUGCAGCGCAUCCUCAAGUACCAUCUGCUCCUGGACAGCCUGCGCAAGCACUGCGAUGUGAAGGAGGUGGCCGAUGCCCAUGUGAUCAUGCGCCAGGUGGCCUACCACAUUGACCAGGUGAAACGCAAGCAGGAGCAGCAGAGUCGCGUCAAGGAGCUGUCCGGCAUUCUGGACGGCUGGCUGGGACCAGAGCUCACUGUGCUGGGUGAGCUGCGUCAGGAGGGCCUCCUGAUGGACCAGCACAACAAACAGCGUUUGGUCUUGCUCUUCGCCACCAUGCUGAUCAUCACCAAGCAGAAGGAGGACGGUCGUCUGCAGUUCAAGACCUACAUAUCGCAAAACAAUCUGAUGCUCAGCGAACACUUGCCCGGGGAGCCGAGCAGCUUCUAUGUCAUCCCCUUCGACGAGCCGCGCCACCAAAUCAAGCUGACGGCCCGGAAUCGUGACCAGAAGCGCAUCUGGACGCAGCACAUCAAAGGUGUCAUGCUGGAGAAGCUAGACAUUCCGAUGCGCGCCAAGGAGCUGGUCUUCAAGCUGGGCGACGAGGAAGAUCGCACGCCAGAUCGCAGCACCUGGAAGUGGAGUCUCCACUCGGCCAGCAACUCGACGCCCAUUUAUCUGGAGAGAAGAAAUGCCUGCCGAAGGAGCGAGAUUCGCCAACGGAACUCCAAGUUCAAGCGGAAGACGGUGGCCAAUUCGAGCUCCUUUGACAGCUUCAACGAGUCGCUGGAGCAGGAGGAGGAGCCAUCGGUUGGCCAGGUGAAGCAGGCGAAGCCUCUGGCCAGAAACAACAGUCUGGACGACACGGCCCUGCAGAAACUGGCUGCUGCCAUGAGAUAUCGAAAGAGAGAUGCUGGCGGCAAGGAGGAGACCAAGACUCCCACGAAGAUGGAGUGCAAGUGCGGGCAGGAUGCGAAGCAGGAGGAUGCGUGUUCGUGCAUCUUGCGGGAUCAGCGCAGUCGCAGUGCCAAAUCGCAGUCGCCUGUGUUCAGCUACAAGGCUUUGAAGGAGCGCAGCAAGUCGGUGCCCCGGAUUGGAGGAUUCAGCCUGGACGAGGAGGCGGAACGGGAGCGGGAGCGAGAGCGGGAACAGGACGAGGACAGUGCCGCCUCCCUGCGGGGCAGCAGGCCCGAUCUCAGCGAGCGCAAGGCCAAGGGCAAGGGCUUUUUCGAGGUCAAGCAGUAUAACCACAAGACGAUGCCCAAGAAGAUAGCCACCAUGAAGAAGCAGCGUGGCAGCACCACCAAGAGCUGCUCCAGGUUCUACAUGGAUCUCAGCGAGUUCGACAGCAGCAGUGCCACUGUGCUCAAGAUCACCGAGUCCACGGAGGAGCUCCGUCCGGAGGGGGACAUCGAGCUGGCCCAGGAGGCCUCCACGCUGGACGAGGCCUCGCCGGAUCAGUAUUACAGCAAGGAUCGGGAGACGGAGCUGCUGUCGCCAGCGGAGAAGUCCAAGCGGGAUGCCCAGAUAGUUUUGGAUUUGCUCAAGAACAACAAGGAGUUCGAGAGGAUCUACAACAAGCAGCAGAAGCGGCGCGAAAGUCCUGUGAGUCCCGUCAGUCCGGAUGUGUGUCGUGGACCCAUCCUGCCGCCGCCACGCCCACCCUCGCGAUCUCCGCCGCCCCUGGAGUUGGAAGAGCAGCACCAGCAGCAGCAGCAGCAGCAACAUCAGCAGCAGAAGCAGAAGCGCAUGGAGGACUCAGUGGACUCGAUGGUUGAGGAGCCCAUCUACGAGACCCUGCUGCGCAAUGUCCACGUGCCCUACAAGUUCUCACCAGUGCUGGGACGCGCCAAGUCCUCGCAGAUGCUGAAGAAGCGAUCCAAGGCCACCCCAGCAGCUCCUCGCCCAGAAUCGGACUAUGUGACAUUGGUCUACUCGCCCGACGGCGUGCUGCAGCGCGUGGGCGAGGAGGCAGUGCAGCGGGACAGCUGCAGCUCCUCCUCCACCUCGACGUCCUCGAAUGGAUCGGGAUCCACGCUGAAACGCGACAGCCAGAGCACGGUGAUCAAUCUGUCGAUGGAGGCGGUGCAGGAGCACGGAUCGCGUCCACUGCCAAAGAACUCGGUUUCGGGAUCGGAGAGCUCGCUGCUGCCACGUGCCCUGAAGUCCAUCGACAACCUGAGCAUGGCCUUUGGGCGCUCCAAUCGACCGCCGGAGCGCAGGGUGUCCGAUGUCAGCGAGAUGUGUCGGCAGAGCGUGCUGCAUCGCCAGGGCAGUGAGGCGGUGGGCGAGCGCAUGGCCCACGUGGACUAUGCCGACCCGAAGACCCUCUUCGGAUUGGGGGUGCUCAACCACUCGGAGCGGGACUCGGUCUUCUCGCUGACCUCCUCCUCUAGCGACAGCAUGUGCGAGCAGCAGCGCAAGAGGUCCGCCGUGGAUCCGCCCAAGUCGUCCUCCGCCACCUUCGAGUAUGAACAGCAGGUGGAGGACAGUCUGGAGAAUGACUUCCGGGAUUCGGCCAUUUACAGCGAUGACAACGAGAAGCGUUCCGGGGACUACGAUGUGCAGCUGCGCCGGCCCAGCAGUCCGCCGCCGCCGCCACCGCCCCUGGGACCACGCCCCCCUCAGAUCGCCCCCAAACCGGCCAAGGAUGUGCUAAUCCAGCAGCGAGCCGGCGUCAUCGUCUGCCAGUCGGCCAGCCGUAGUUGGGUCCUUCAGCAGAUCGAGAACUUCAACAAGUAGGAUCUUGGGAUCUUAGGAUCUAAGGGAUCCACAGAGGAGCCGUUGUAAACGACCCAUUGCCAUAAAAACAAUUCCUUUGUAAUAUCUACUUGUACAUAAUUGUAAGUGUUUAAUACACACUUCGUAUGCAAUGCUAAUCUUAGAUACUAUUAGUCGACUGUUUUAUAUUUAGAGCUUAGUUGCUUAGUUGCAUAACCGCAGAGUCAUUUAAUAAAGUUUAUAAUCACUUGAAAUAUUACAAAA